UUUUAUUUCACAAUUUUUAUUUAAUUAUGACUGAACAAAAUCACAAUAUUGAAAUAAAUUCCUCCUCUGCUCCAACUGAAGGGAUUUCGUCUGAACUUCUCAUAAAUGUUAUUAGAACAUUAACAUCAACUUCAUCAGAUGAUCAGCGUCAAUUGGAGAGAGAACGUAUUGAACAAGGAUAUCAACAAUCUGAGAAGAAUAUUGACAAACUUCUUAGAGAGCAUCGUGCUGAUGUAAUGCAAUGUUUAAAUACUUUUCAAUCAGUUUCUCGUUCACUUACAAAUAGUCGAGAACAAAUUCGAAAUGUUAAAAAUUCCCUUUCUCUUUGUAAAUCAUUUUUGCAAUGUCGACGGGAUGAUUUAAAUAAAUUUUGGCUUGAAAAUGCUCAUCAAAAGUCUGUUUGUGGGAUUUUACGGCAAAUGAAACAAAUAAGGGAUAUUGACAAAACAAACGAAACUUUACUGGCAAAUAGACAAUAUGGAGAACUGGCUAAAGUUUUGAAGGAUGCUGAUAUUCUUCUGAAAGGGCCUUUGUCUAAUCUUGAGGGAAUUAGUCAAUUAAAAUUUAUUGUUUCAGACAAUUUACAGAAAUUAUUCGAACAUGUUGUAAAAGAACUUGUACAAGGAAGUUUUGUUGAACCUUUCGAAAUUCAGAUGCUUUCGUUGGCUAAAGAUGACAAAUUAAAAGAAUCUAAAAUUGGUUUAUCUUUAAUUGAACGUUAUACAAAAAAGAAAAUUUCUCAAUUAGAGGAUGAAGAAUUUUUGAAAAAACGUUAUUUUGAACUUUUUGAAGUACUUUCUGUUUUUGGUCAAAUAGAUUCUGCUUUAAAUUCUUUAUUUACCCAAAUCCCUAAUUUAUUACUUCGACUGGCUAAUGAAACAGCGAAAAUGAUAAUUCAAUCAAAUAGUGAGGGGAAUAUUGGAUGUCCAAAAGACAGUGAAAAUUUAGUUCAAUUUGUUAGAAUUUUAAUUGCCCAAUUAAGUGGGUGUUCCCGACAAUUUGCUAUUCUUUCUGGAGAACUUCAACAAGUUGAUUAUACUCCAAAAAUACCAAUUUUACGGCGUUUUUGGGCAAUUUCUUUAGAAGGAAUGGAAGAAAUUUUGAGUGAACAUUUAAAUGUUUGGCGUAAUAAAAAGCGCUCAGAUGAUGAACAAGAAAGUGGUGGACAAAAAAAGUUAUUUAGUUUUGAGAAUGCUUCUUUUGUUUCUUAUGUUAGUGCAUCUUCUAGAAAAAAGCAAAUCCAACUUGUUUGUUCUCCAGAUGUUUACAAUAUUGUUCCAAUUUUUCAUAAAAUUGCAAUUUUUAGUCGGGAAAUUGAAAAUCAAUUGGGCGAUGAUUGCUGGUAUUUUUAA